AGGUUUAUGAGACCGCCGCAAUUGUCUUUUAUUUUUCAUUCUCCAACGGUUGCACCAUAUCAUGCAUCCGUUCUUAUGUCUAAGAAACAAAUUGCUCCUGUUUACCACAUUUGCUGUCCUCGGCCAAUCUCUCUCUCAACCUGUGCACGAGACGGGAUUUGCGAAGCGCAAUGCAUCUUGCCAGAAUGGACCUGAUAGCAGAAAUUGUUGGUCAGACGGGUUCGACAUCAACACUAACUACUAUGAAGAAUGGCCAAGUACCGGAAACACCGUUACAUAUGACUUGACUCUGACGGAAACUCCGUGCAAUCCUGACGGCCAUGGGAGCAAGACAUGUCAACUCGUCAAUGGUCAAUAUCCCGGACCAACUAUUAGAGCAAAUUGGGGUGACAAGAUCCAAGUUACGGUGCAUAACAAUCUUCAGGUUAACGGAACUUCACUUCAUUGGCAUGGCGUCAGACAGUUGGGCUCGAAUGAAAUGGACGGAACUAAUGGUGUAACCGAGUGCCCACUUGCUGCUGGCGACUCAAAGACAUACACAUUUACCGCCACACAAUACGGCACUAGCUGGUAUCAUUCCCAUCACACAGCCCAGUACGGUCAAGGAAUAGUGGGUGCCAUUGUAAUUGAUGGGCCUGCGACAGCAAACUACGACGAAGACCUUGGGACGCUUCCGUUAUCUGAUUGGUAUUACAGCUCUAUUUACGAUGUUUUGUACACUGUGAUGGAUGUACCUGGUCCGCUGCCGCCCGCGGACAACGUCCUGGUGAAUGGAACUAUGGUUGAUGGCGAUGGAAAUGGGCAGUACCAAAAAAUAUCGGUCCAGCCUGGCAAAAAAUACCGCCUUCGAAUCGCAAAUACUGCCAUGGAUCACAUGUUUCAUGUGUCUCUCGAUGGCCACCCAUUCACCGUAAUCGAGGCCGACUUCGUUCCGAUCAAGCCCUAUCAAACCACAGACCUUAAGAUCAACGUCGGACAGCGAUACGACGUCAUCUUCGAGGCAAAUCAGGCGGCGAAUAAUUACUGGUUGCGUGUAGCUCCUGCUGCACCAGGCCCCCAAGGUCCGCUUUGUGGUUUUGCAGCUAUUUACUCGAAGGAAAAUGCACCAGUGGUUGGUGCAAUUGUUUCCUAUGACGGAGCCGGUGAUGGUCUGCCGACAUCGACAGCUUAUGCUAAUGACGGUUCAUGCUCUGAUGAGGUCAUCGACCCUUGGUUCAUCACCCCUAUGUCUGGUGGAUACAAAAUUGACGCGCUUAAUGUCACAUUUGGCGCUGGGCAGGUCGUGAAUUGGUUCAUCAAUGGUAGCACGAUGAUAGCCGACUGGGAGAAUCCAACCUUGGCAUUCAUCCGCGACCAGAAACCGUUCACCAGCAGCAUGAACGUUGUUCAGAUGCCGGAAGCAAAUUCAUGGUAUCUGUGGGUCAUUGAAAACGCGCUUUUCCCUAUCAGUCCGCAUCCAAUCCAUCUUCACGGCCACGACUUCGAAAUCCUCGGAUCAGGUGAAGGCCCAUUUCCUUGGGGCACCGAUUUUUUCACGGGUGCGAAGCCUCAACGGCGAGAUGUUGCUACGCUUCCCGGAACGUCAAAUGGGGGCUGGCUGCUUCUUGGCGUUUAUACCAACAAUCCAGGAGCCUGGUUGAUGCAUUGCCACAUAGGCUGGCAUGUAUCUCAGGGAUUAAGCAUGCAGUUCGUGGAGCGACAAAGUGAAAUUUUGAAUACUGUUGGAAGUCUGGACGACAUGACAAAAGGCUGUUCAGCAUGGACCGCAUACUGGAACAGUGGUGAUCAUGGAGCCAAGAUUGAUUCUGGCUACUGAAAGUUUCUUAAUAAAUUUUUCAUAUGUUUUCUUUCAUAUGUACCAUUUGAUUUAGCGAGCAAGUCAUCGUAAUACUCUUGUCCAGAAUACUGCGGAUAUAGCAAUGAUGAUACAGAGCGUAUCAACGUUAAUCAUAGAACCAAUGUCAUGUUGCC